AUGCCCAAGCCGCGGCAAAGACAAAUCAACCCCAUCCAGGCGGCAGUGGAGCGAUGGACGGCCACCCUCGACGCUGAGGGCUCUGACAAGUCGCAAGCAUGGCGCGAGUCUCUUGUCAACGGUGCCCCCAAGCGCUUCACGAUCUACGAGCCCAUGGCGCUGCUGCCGUCCGGCAGCUUCACUACCCCGCCCUGGGCCGUGGAGCUGGCGCGCCAGGAUGGUGACACGCUGGAACGCCUCUGGAGGCUCAUCCUGGAGGAACUGUCCAAGAACGCCAAAGCCACGCUAACGAACCUCGCGGUCAACGAGGGCAUCCCGCUGCAAAGCGAAGGCGGCGACGCCGAGAACGUGCUGCGCAGCCCGAGCGGGCUGAAGAUACUGUUUGGGGACUUUGGCCCUGCACAGCCGGCGCACGAUCCGCCGUCGGCCGCGGACUUUGACGCCGCCUUCUGGGUCUCGACGAAGCAGAACGGCAUCUACCAGACGUGGGCGCCGCGAUGGACCAUGUUCAGCCGCGGCAACGUUAAGGAGAAGGCCCGGCUGCUCGAGUUUCCGCGUGCCAAGGCGGACGGCGACGACGUCUGGGCGCUGGACCUGUACGCGGGCAUUGGGUACUUUGUCCUCUGCUACGCGGCGCUGGGCAUGCGCGUCAUGUGCUGGGAGAUCAAUCCGUGGAGCGUCGAGGGCUUGCGGCGCGGCGCGCGGGCCAACGGACGGAGCGUGAGGGUCGUGCAGGGCUCGGAGGACCUGGCGCGGCCGACGCUGGACUGGGUACGGUCCAGGCGCGGGGAGCUAGAUGUCAGUGGCGGUGACGACUACGAAGACAUUGUCGUGUUCCUGGAGAGCAACGAAUACGCCGCGAGGAGAGUCGCUGAGGUGCAGGAAGCGGCUGCGGUGCGGGAGGUACGGCAUAUAAACUGCGGUUACCUGCCGUCCAGUGAGCCGACAUGGCGGCCGGCAUGGGAGAUGGCGCGUUGGAGCCGCGAGACGUGGCUUCAUCUGCACGAGAACGUCGGUGCCGCAGACACGGAGGCGAGGCGGGAGGAGAUUCAGCGGCGCUUCGUGGAUUGGAGCGAGACGGAGGGCCGCGACCGGUCGGCUGCUGUAGAGCACGUGGAACUGGUCAAGACGUUUGCGCCCGGUGUGUGGCACUGCGUCUUUGAUGUAUAUAUAAAGAGGAUCUAA